UAGGUAGCAGCCUGUGCCGAUUACAGUUUACUUCCGGCCUUACUUCCACACACAGGAAGUGAGUUUCUAUCGACUGCUGCAGCCUUCGAGUGUCCGUGGAGAUCAGACCACUGAGUGUUUACUAGACGUUACAUGAGGAUGAGAUGCGUCACUGAUUCCCUGAGGAUGGCGAACUACAGCAGUCACAUGACUGAGAGGAUACUAAAUCUCACACUGGAGAUCAUCUACCUGCUGACUGGGGAGGGUUAUACAGUAGUAAAGAAGACAUCCAGUGAAUGUGAGACACCCAGCAGCUGUCCCCGUGUGUCUUUAGGACUGAGCAGGACCCAGAGCCCCAUCACGGUGCCUCCACCUCACUCACUGAUACAUGAGAGUCACAAUGACCAGAAGAUCCUGGAACUCACCAACAAGAUCAUUCAGCUGCUGACUGGAGAGGAGGAGGAGUAUAUAGAGGAACACAGGGGUCUGUACAAGGACGUGAUGAUGGAGAAUCACCGGCCCCUCACAUCACUGGAUGGACCCAGUAACAGAGAUACCCCAGAGAGAUGUCCCCGUUUGUAUUCCGAGGACUGUACAGAGGAGAAUCACAGGAUCUCACAGGAGGAUCAGGGUGAAGAUCUUACAAAUAUAAAGGGAGUAGAGACGUAUGUGACUGAUAUGAAGGCAGAAGAUAUAGAGAGAGAAGAAGAGACGUAUGUGACUGAUUUGAAGGCAGAAGAUAUAGAGGAAGAAGAAGAGACGUAUGUGACUGAUAUGAAGGCAGAAGAUAUAGAGGGAGAAGAAGAGACGUAUGUGACUGAUAUGAAGGCAGAAGAUAUAGAGAGAGAAGAAGAGACGUAUGUGACUGAUAUGAAGGCAGAAGAUAUAGAGGAAGAAGAAGAGACGUAUGUGACUGAUAUGAAGGCAGAAGAUAUAGAGGGAGAAGAAGAGACGUAUGUGACUGAUAUGAAGGCAGAAGAUAUAGAGAGAGAAGAAGAGACGUAUGUGACUGAUAUGAAGGCAGAAGAUAUAGAGGGAGAAGAGACGUAUGUGACUGAUAUGAAGGCAGAAGAUAUAGAGGGAGAAGAAGAGACGUAUGUGACUGAUAUGAAGGCAGAAGAUACAGAGGGAGAAGAAGAGACGUAUGUGACUGAUAUGAAGACAGAAGAUAUAGAGGGAGAAGAAGAAACGUAUGUGAGGGGUGAUCAGCAGCGUAAGGAGGACGAAAUCCCUACAGAUAUUAGCACAACAGAUGGAGGCACAAGCAGGAAUGCCUUGGAGGGAGAUCUUAUAUUGUCUGCAGAUACUGACAUAGAAGAUAACAUCACACAGGAUUCUCCAGGAGACAGCCCCUUUAUGCGAAAUAUACAUCCAGUACCUCUCAGCGCAGAUAUAUCAUCUGAUCCCUCUAACUGCGAGGACUGUUCUCCUGAUACCUCAGAUUUUUUUACACAUAGUGCAACUUAUACACCUGAUAAAGUAUUUCCCUGUUCCGAGUGUGGGAAAUGUUUUACAUAUAAAUCGCUUCUUGUUAAACAUCAGAGACUCCACACUGGUGAAAAACCAUUUACAUGUUCUGAGUGUGGGAAAUGUCUCACACUGAAAUCAAAUUUAGUUAUACAUCAGAGACUUCACACAGGUGAGAAACCAUUUCCAUGCUGUCAGUGUGGGAAAUGUUUUACAUAUAAGUCAGCUCUUGUUAGACACCAGAAAAUUCACACAGGUGAGAAACCAUUUCCAUGCUCUGAGUGUGGGAAAUGUUUUAAAACUAAAUCAGAGCUUGUUAAACAUCAGAGAAUCCACACAGGUGAGAAGCCAUUUCCAUGCUCAGAGUGUGGGAAAUGUUUUACAACUAAAUCUGCUCUUAUUAUACAUCAGAGACUCCACACAGGUGAGAUACCAUUUCCAUGCUCUGAGUGUGGGAAAUGUUUUAAAACUAAAUCAGAGCUUGUUAUACAUCAGAGAAUCCACACAGGUGAGAAGCCAUUUCCAUGCUCGGAGUGUGGGAAAUGUUUUAUAACUAAAUCAGCUCUUGUUAGACACCAGAAAAAUCACACAGGUGAGAUUCCAUUUCCAUGCGCUCAGUGUGGGAAAUGUUUUAAAACUAAAUCAGAGCUUGUUAUACAUCAGAGAAGUCACACAGGUGAGAAACCAUUUCCAUGCUCUGAGUGUGGGAAAUGUUUGACAACUAAAUCAGAGCUUGUUAUACAUCAGAGAAGUCACACAGGUGAGAAACCAUUUCCAUGCUCUGAGUGUGGGAAAUGUUUGACAACUAAAUCAGAGCUUGUUAUACAUCAGAGAAUCCACACAGGUGAGAAGCCAUUUCCAUGCUCGGAGUGUGGGAAAUGUUUUAUAACUAAAUCAGCUCUUGUUAGACACCAGAAAAAUCACACAGGUGAGAUUCCAUUUCCAUGCGCUCAGUGUGGGAAAUGUUUUAAAACUAAAUCAGAGCUUGUUAUACAUCAGAGAAGUCACACAGGUGAGAAACCAUUUCCAUGCUCUGAGUGUGGGAAAUGUUUGACAACUAAAUCACAGCUUGUUAAACAUCAGAGAAUCCACACAGGUGAGAUUCCACUUCCAUGCGCUCAGUGUGGGAAAUGUUUUACAACUAAAUCAGCUCUUAUUAUACAUCAGAGACUCCACACAGGUGAGAUACCAUUUCCAUGCUCUGAGUGUGGGAAAUGUUUGACAACUAAAUCAGCUCUUAUUAUACAUCAGAGACUCCACACAGGUGAGAAGCCAUUUCCAUGCUCGGAGUGUGGGAAAUGUUUUAAAACUAAAUCAGAGCUUGUUAAACAUCAGAGAAUCCACACAGGUGAGAAGCCAUUUCCAUGCUCAAAGUGUGGGAAAUGUUUUACAACUAAAUCAGCUCUUGUUAAACACCAGAAAAAUCACACAGGUGAGAAGCCAUUGUCCUGAGUGUUUGAAAUUUUUUACACAUAAAUCACAUCUUUUUAGACGUCAGCUUUCACACAGUAGAAAAGCAUUUCUAUGAGUUGAUACAAAACAGGUUUGUAGCACAGUUCUUGUCACACAGUAUUUGAACAAUGUAAGUUAACCAUCUGCAGACAAUUGGAAUGGAUGUCAUAUAAGACUGGAGUAGAUCACUCGGGUGAAACUAAAGCUGAGUAUACACUAAACAAUGUGUACCCAGCCCAACAUCACUGCUGCCGGGACCCUGCAUGUGGCAAGUGCAUACUGCAGGACCAACAGGGGAUGUCACUAGUGACCCGUGGGAUAGCAUACCAUGGGUACACACUAGACAAUUAUUCUGUUAGAUAUUGUCACCUCUCUCCACAGUAAUAACAGAUCACAUUGUUGUUUUGUAGCAUCUACAUUUUGUGCAUUUCAGUCUAACGUAAAAAGAUAAAAUGUAUUAUCAUUUUUAUAAAUAGAUUUUAUUAUGGAA